AUGAAGAAGGAAAGAAAGAAUAAAAGGAAGAAAAAGAGUAAAAAUAGAAAACGUCACAGAAGAGCUCCUCAAAUACGUGAUCCGGCAACUUUGGAAGAACAACUCCCUGAUCAUGUGGACGACGAGGCAGAUGGUCCACAUGAAUAUACGUUAGUAAAGGAACGCAAACCUCGUUCUACGCCUAAAGAAAGGUGGAAAAAACGAGGUGGUAGUCGUCGCCGCAUGAUUAUUGAUAUUCAUUUAGAAGUCAUAAACGAAUGUCAAAAAGGGACCCUGAAUUCGACGAAAGAAGACUUUUUUGAAAUUUUGGUUCAAGAAUUCAUGGGAAGUGAAUUCAUAAAAGAAAAAAAGGUUCCAAGUUUAGAUUCCGGGUUUAGGGAAGAACACUCUAUUCCUAAGGAACAGGUUCGACGUUCAGAUUCCGGCUUUAGCGAGGAACACUUUAUUCCUGAGGAACGUGUUCCAUGUUCAGAUUGCGGGUUUAGGGAAGGAAAACUUUGUUUCUAUCGAAGAUAUUCCGAAGGAAAAUAUUCAUAUGGAAGGAGUUCCUAA